CAAAUGCGGGGUACGAAGAUGACGUCAUCGCAUUGUCGCAGUGUGACGCCUCCACUGUCGCGUGCGUCCUCCGCGGAGCUGCCUCCUCGCUCACCAGAUAUCACCCGACGAGCCUUGUCGCCCGACAUCUCGCUGAACUUCGCCAGACACCGGCCGCUCUCACCAGACGUCUUGGACUUUAGACCUGUAACCCCAGAUUUUCCACGACGCUCCCGCUCCCCGGCUCGACCUAGAUCUCUAAUGGAGUCGUUGCUGGUGGCCAAAAUGGAGGCCUUGAGCACGGGGAAACUGGUCAGAGCGGACUCGAUGGAUAGUUGCAGCAGCUUCGGGUCUAUGUCAUCUCUGCCUAGUGAUGUUUGCCGAUGCGAUGAUUGCUUGCUCGGAAUUGUGGAUUUCUACAUGCCCAGCCCGGAUGAAGUGAAUAAGACGCUGAAAAAGGCUGAGUCCCUACUCGUCCACCUGUCCUGGUGAAAAUGGGA